AUGGACCCCAUUUAGCCCUAAAAAAAGGAAGAAGAAAACCUACGUCUUUGACUCUGAUUUGCAGUGAAAAAUCGAAAACUCAUUUCUCAAAGAAAUCCUUGAACCAAAUUCCCUUUUGAGUACGAAACGAGAGUUGGCUCGACUCUCCGGAUGUACAAAAAUUUCAAGCUCCCCAAACACUGCGAUAACAAUGAGGUCCUCAAAGCUCUCUGCAACGAGGCCGGUUGGAUCGUUGAGUCCGACGGCACCACCUACCGCAAGGUGAGGCAGGGGCAUGGCUGUAGCGUGCAUAAGGCAAAGGCGUGGGAUUGGGGCGCAGAGUGCAGUAGCAGCAACAGGGGCGUAGGCGGCAAGGGCAGGGGCACGGCAUGGGAUCUGGGCGCAAAAGGCAUGGGAUCUGGGCGCAGAGAGCAGGGUUGGUGUAGAGCAAGGUUGAGCAAGGCUGGUUCGUGGGAGUGCAAGGCUGGUUCGUGGGAGUGCAAGGCUGACGUAGAGGUGCAACAGCAAGGGAUCUGGGCGCAACAGCAAGGGAUCUGGGCGCAACAGCAAGGGAUCUGGGCGCAGAGGGUACUGGUUCGGGAGAAGAAAAGGGAGAAGGCCAAGGUGUGUGGGGAAGAAGAAGGUUCUGGACAGCAAAAGAUUUAACUUUUAUUUUUAGCAUCCAGCGUGUGAAAAAACGACACGCUGGCAC